GAAACUUUUGUUACACCCUGAUGUAACUCAUUUCGUUUAUAACAUUCAUUCGGUAUAUGAAGUCAUCCAAGCCCAUUUAUUACAAUAUAGUGAAUUUUUUUAAAAUAUUACAAUGUUAAAUAGCUCGGGGUGGACAUUGGGUGAGAGAGGACUAGGACCGAAGUUAGUUUGAGCAGCUGUCCAUGUGACUGCACCACCGGACGCUUAUUGUGCCACGUCUCAGAAAGAAGCGGUUAUCCCCAGUUGAAUUGAGUUUUUGUGUCUAGAAGUGUUUGUAGAGUCGUCCGAUCUCCGUAGAAAAGGUACAAGAACCAAAGAUACGUUUGAUUUCUGGGCCAAACUUUCCGAAAUGUGGCAGAAGUACGGCCUUCUUUGUUGCUUUGUGAUCGCGUUCGCUGUUCUUUGCGUGGCUCCUCCAGUUCGGAAAGACAGAAAGAAGGCAGACAACGAAUCGGAAGGGAAAGGCGAUCCAGAGUAUGCUAGAUAUCUGAAACAAGUGAUUGAAAUUUUAGAAAAUGAUGAUGACUACGUCAAAAGAUUACUAAACGCUUCUGACGAAGAACUAAGAACUGGGCGAGUGGCCGAUGACAUAGACCUUGUAAAACAUGAUGUAAGGACCAAGCUAGAUGAACUAAAACGACAGGAAGUGGAAAGACAACGAAUGAUACGACGACAAAUGAACGAUCACUUGAAUGGGCUGAAGGAAAGGGAGUAUUGGAAUCCGCUGUUUGAUGACGAUAAUCCCAAUUUCUUUGGGCCUGAGGAUUUUAAAAAGCUACUGAGGAAGGUAAGGCUCUCAAAUUAAGAAAAUUUGAAUUUGUCUCUUUUUCAACUUUUCAAGGGGAAGUGAAAGCUGUGCCGGUAAAUCCUGAUGAUUUGUUCAAAUAAAAUUUAUUGGGAAAACACAGGGGUAUCUUACCACAUCUGUGUAAACGUGAAAUGUCUUACAUGAAAGGAAACCAAGAUUUUUUUUUUGACAUCAACGCUUACGUUUACAUGUACGUAUCCAGCACUGUCUCAGCCCACUUUAUGAAAUAACAUAUUAUUGUUACUUUUUCAGUUUGAAUAAAUUUGUCAGCAUGCUAGCCUGAUUCUCAGACAGUCCAAGGUUGCUUGUGCAGACUCCCUCCUAUUCAACUGGGUAAAUUAUAGGAGAGAGGAGAGAGUCUGGGUGAGCAAUGUUAGACUGUCUGGGAAUCAUGCUAUUAGAAUGCAGAAUUCUAUAGAAGUUUCUGUUAACUUCAAUUUUGACUGGUAUACUUGUUACACAAUGACAUAAUACAAAAAAAGAUUCUGCUCUUUCAAUUUUCCAACUCUCACAAAUCAGCCAUAAGGUUUUUCAAGAGUCUCCAAAAGGCAAGCCAAGCUAACGCGGUUUCGUGAUGUCAUUCUGUGCGAGAGUUUUUGUCCAAAUGGCUUCCGACAAGUCUUUUAACUACCACUCUGGGAUAUGGCUGCUCUUGAGCCAUAUUA